AUGGAUUUUGGUUUAGUAUGGAGCAGGACUUGCAGGGUAGAUAUGGUGGUGAAAGGGGAAAUCAUGCCUAAUGUCUUCAUCCCACCAGAUUGGAAAAAUGAGGAGAAGGAGAGAAGUGAGAUUCAAGGAGGAAGGAGGAAGGAGGAAGAUGAGGGGAGGGGAGGAGGGGGAGACCACCUCCCCCCUUAG